AUGAGCAAAAGACAAUAUUAUCCUUACAUUAUCUUCUUCUCUAUCGUUGAUUCUUUUUCUCUCGCAUCUUUGAAAUCUGCCGUGGAUGAUGCCUCCUCUUCCUCCGUUUACUUGGGAGGACUCGCGAAUCUCGCCGUGCUUGUCGACCAGCUCAAACUCAAUCGACUCUUCUCGUACCACUACACCGACGACUGCAUCGGAUUGCAUCGUUGUUUGUCUACACUCAAGGGAGGAGAAGAAGUGAGGAAGCUGGAUUGCAGACACGUGUUCCACAACCAGUGCUUGGAAGGGUGGAUCCAGCAUCUCAAUUUCAAUUGUGCGCUCUGUAGAUCUUCGUUGAUUUCCUGUGGAGGAGGAAGAUGUGAUUCGAUCCCUCUUGAUCGUGCUUAG